ACAAAGAAAGGCCACUAAGAAAAUUCAAUCCAAUUUCCAAUCUCUUUCUUUUCUUUUCUCUCUUCCCAAACAGAAUCCCGCUUUUCUUUCUUUAUUGUGUGUGUUAAAAUUGUGGUUUCAUUUUCCCUUAUGUGAAAGCAAGAACCCUUCUUUUAGAAAACCCGUUGGAUCAACUCCGUUUUCGAUAUUUUCUCUUCCAUUUUCUUGUCGAAAGAAUACUCAACAAGAAUGGCUGAAAAAGAGGAGUCGGCGGCAGAGCUAAAGAAAGAAGUGGAAAGCGUAGUGAAGACGAUAGUCGAAGAAGGAGAUUAUGGGAUCGAGAAAACAAUUCAAGCCAUAAGGAUAUUAACUCGUUUGACUGAAUCGAAGUUGAAGAAACCCGCUGGCCUUGGAUUGGAUGAUACGAUUCUGACGGAGACAUUCAAGUGUCCUCUUUCGGGUCAAGUCAUGGCUGAUCCUGUUGUUGUGGCUUCGGGGCAGACUUAUGAUAGGCCAUACAUCGCAAACUGGUUGAAUCAGGGUAACUUGACAUGCCCUCGGUCCAAGGAAGUGCUCUCCUACUCUACCCUGACCCCUAAUUGUUUGAUUCGAGAAUUGAUUACACGUUGGUGCAGUGUAAGGGGCAUUGCGGUACCGGAAUCUCGUCAGAAUAUCUGUGGGAAAACGAUUGACGAGGACAUUAAUUACUUAAACUCAUUGCUCCGAAAGAUGUCUCUUGUUGGGUCUGCUGCUGGUGGGUUGCUGGAGCUUCUGUUGGUUGUAAUUGGUGGGCUUCAGACUAGAACGGCGGCAUCAGUGGGUGGCAGCAGCAGGCGACGGCUAAGCUAA